AUGCAGCUCCUGCCCAGCCUCUCCCCCGUCACCUGGCUGCUCCUCGUCUCCCUCCUGUGCCUUGUGGCCCUCUGUGGGAUAUGGCCCUACCAGACUUUCAAGAAGCUGGGCAUUCCUGGCCCACAGCCUCUGCCAUUUGUGGGAACUUUCCUGGAGUACCGGCAUGGAGUCCACAAUUUUGAUCAGAAAUGCUUUGAAAAGUAUGAAAAAAUCUGGGGGUUUUAUGAUGGCAGGCAGCCUGUGCUGGCUGUUUUGGACCCCAUCCUCAUCAAAAACAUCCUGGUGAAAGAGUGCUACAGCAUUUUUACUAAUCGCCAGAACUUUCAUCUGAAUGGGAUCCUGGGGUCAGCCCUCAAUGUGGCUGAAGAUGAGCAGUGGAAAGGGAUUCGUAUGGUGCUGUCUCCAACCUUUACCAGUGGGAAGCUGAAGGAGGGAGGGAGUCAGGAGAAGGGGGUGGGGGAUGAAACAGCACACGAGGCAUUGCACACUGAGGCUCUUGGUCCUAUGGCCUGCCUCGAAAUGGUGAUGAACGAAUCCAUCCGGCUCCACCCUGCUGGGGGCCGGCUCAAGAGGGUCUGCAAGAAGACUGUGGAGCUCAAUGGAGUGACCAUUGCAGAGGGAAUGGUGGUCCUGAUCCCAGCCUUCGUGCUGCACCGGGACCCACAGUACUGGCCAGAGCCGGACGAGUUCAGGCCUGAAAGGUUCAGUAAAGAGAACAAAGAGGGUAUUGACCCCUACACCUUCCUGCCAUUUGGGGCUGGCCCCAGGAACUGCAUAGGGAUGAGGUUUGCUCAUCUUGUUGUGAAAGUGGCUGUGGUUGUCCUGUUGCAGAACUUCUCAUUCAGACCCUGCAAAGACACACCGAUCCCACUGGUCCUGGACUCGAAAGGUUUCAUGCAGCCAAAGAAGCCCAUUGUCCUGAAGAUGGUCCCCAGAGCCCAGGCUGACCCGAAGAAUUGAAAGAAGGAGGAACAGAGC